AUGGUCCAUACGAGUCGGCCCAACAGCUUCAAGACUGAGGGUGGACGUGUUGUGCCCGCCACAACAGACACGCUCAUCAUCGGCAAUGGCCCAUCCAGUCUUGCGAUCUCCUUUCUCUUACACGGCAAUGUUCCAUUCUACAAUAAAACUGGCACUACGCCGCAUCCGGACUCUAUUUUGCAUGCAAAACUCUCGAGACCAGAGUUCAAGGGUCAGCCGUUAUAUAAGGCACUCGAUAGCAGCUUGGAUACACUAGUGGAACAUUUCGAAGCAGCUGGCUAUUACUCACAGGAUGCAUGGCCAGCGAAUGUUCUGCUCGAUGCGCUGCUAUGGCCCAACGCGUCGCUAGGCGCAGGUGAUGUGCCCAGCACGCUGUCCUUUGAGUAUAACGCAGCUUAUGCGCGAGACCACAUUGUCCUCGGCUCAGCGAUAGAAGCUGGUGGUCAGUGGGCAGAAGAUGCGACACACGGACAAGAGGCACCAUUCGGUUAUGGUGGCAAUUCGGGCGAUACGGCACGCACGCUGAGCUAUGCUGAACAAUUAUCUCUGCCUGGCUAUAGCUUUGCGCAAUGGCACCUGGAAACACAGGGUUGUGCAUUUCCUGCGUAUGAGAGACCAAGAAGACCGCUCGUCUCAGCGUAUUAUGCAGCCUAUCCGCAUUUCGUUGGACUAUGUUCAGCGAUCUAUAAUGGCACACGCAUCACGGCUGUUGAAAGGCUACCAGAAGAUACAAGCAAGCGGAUACGAUACAGAGUUCAGGGCAUCGAUGGCCGUGGUGUUGCCUUCGAGGUCACCUGUAGGCAUGUGGUGCUGGCGUGUGGGCUGUACAGCAGCUUGAUUGAACCGCCUGCCUUGCUAUCGCCAUACACUCGCUGGCCAUCGCCCGUUGACAGUGAAUCGUCAGAGGAUGAGACUUCGCUGCAGCGUGGCCCACUCCUUGUUAUUGGAUCUGGCUUCAGUGCUGCCGAUGCAGUGAUUGAGAAUAUGGAACGACGGCCCAUCAUCCACGUUUACAAAUGGGACACAGCGACGUACACGUCACCGCUCAAGCACUGCCACAGAUCGUCAUACCCCGAGUACGCAAACAUUUAUAAGCGCAUGAAACUGGGUGCCAAGCAAAGCAGUGGUGCAUUCCCAGGGGACAAGCAGUACCAAGCCUUUGCAGAUGUGGCUAUCAUUGAUGUCCACGAUACUGCUUUUGAUGGCAAGCAUGCUCGUCAGCGUUUACAAGUGACAGUACGCCAUCGAGAUGGCACCGAGUCAUGUGUUGCGGUGAGCGAAAUGGUCGUACUGACGGGACGUCGCACCUCGCUUGAAUUUCUCGGUCCCAAAGCAUUGCAGCAGUUGGACAUUCACGAGAAGGAUGGAUGGAUGGAGAAGGUAGGCCUACGUGCACACAUCAGGCCUCAGGGCGCUGCAUUGGUUGUGUUGGAGGAUAUGCUGUGCAUUGGUUCCAUUACGGGCGACUCGCUCAUCAAGUUCAGCUAUGGAGCUGUUGUUGGUGCUGCGAUGCGGAUCAUCUCUGACACGAAGCAGGCCUAG